ACUGCGGACAUGGGGUCUCAGACCUACUGUGUGAGGCUGAUGACUUAUCUUCCUGGAAAAACCCUUGCAGAAUCUCCAGGCACUAUGCAAGAUCUUUAUCAUGUGGGCAGGUUAAUUGCUUUCAUGGACAAGACAUUGCAAAAACUGGAAUCUCCAAACCUGGAUGUCUUACACAAUAAUUGUGAUGAAGAAUGGAGUUCAUCCAACAUUAAUCUCAAAGAGCGCUGCCUGUUAGUGAUGGAUGGAGAUCCCCUGCAGGAAGUGAUCAAAGCAGUCAUCGAACAGUUUAAAUCACACGUGCAGCCCAAAAUCAGCUCUUUCCAAAAAGGAAUAAUACAUGGAGACACAAACGCCACAAACAUCAUUGUGACACCUGUAGGAAACGGUCGUCAUGAGGUGUCAGGCAUGCUGGACUUUUCUUCCCUCAUGAAUGAUUGCUAUGUAUUUGAACUGGCAAUAACAAUUGCGUACACAAUGCUUGAGAACCCCAGUCCAUUGGAUGUAGGUGGAGCAAUACUUACAGGUUGGGAGAGCAUCAUGGUACUCAAUGAAGAUGAAAGGGAAAGCCUCUACCUGCUGGUGCUCGUUGGGUUGUGCCAGUCUCUGGUUUAUGGCCGGUACGAUUUAAAAAAAUAUCCUGACAACAAGAACUAUCUCCUGGUUACAGCCAAAAAUGGGACUCGGAUUCUUACUAAACUGUGGGAGAUGGGAAAGAAAGAAGUAGAAAGAAAAUGGUUUACAGAUGCCAGCACAAAGAAUGCAUUUUGACUUUUCCGAGUUUUUGAAAUACAUUUUUGAUUUGGAAUUGUAUCAUAUUUGACAAAAAAAAUAUUUCCCAGUUCCUACUGCUUUUUGCUUCUAUUUUAUUCAUCAU